AUGAUGACGAGGGACCUUGCUCUUGCAGGCAUGCUGAUCAGCCUGGCUUUCCUGACACUGCCGCCAUCUGGAUGUCCUCAGCAGACCACAGAGGACGCCUGCUCUGUGCAGAUUCUUGUUCCUGGCCUCAAAGGGGAUGCAGGAGAAAAGGGAGACAAAGGAGCCCCAGGACGGCCAGGAAGAGUCGGCCCUACGGGAGAAAAAGGAGACAUGGGGGACAAAGGACAGAAAGGCACUGUGGGCCGCCACGGAAAAGUUGGUCCCAUUGGCGCUAAAGGGGAAAAAGGAGACUCUGGUGACAUCGGACCUCCUGGUCCCAAUGGAGAACCUGGCAUCCCAUGUGAGUGCAGCCAGCUGCGGAAGGCUAUCGGGGAGAUGGACAACCAGGUCACUCAACUGACAACCGAGCUGAAAUUCAUAAAAAAUGCACUGCCCUCCCCUGCAGUUGUUGCCGGUGUGCGUGAGACUGAGAGCAAGAUCUACCUGCUGGUGAAGGAGGAGAAGCGGUAUGCAGAUGCCCAGCUGUCCUGCCAAGGCCGGGGAGGCACACUGAGCAUGCCCAAGGACGAGGCAGCCAAUGGCCUUAUGGCUUCUUACCUGGCACAGGCUGGCCUGGCCCGCGUCUUCAUAGGCAUCAACGACCUGGAGAGAGAAGGCGCCUUCGUGUACUCGGACCGCUCCCCCAUGCAGACUUUCAACAAGUGGCGCAGUGGAGAGCCCAACAAUGCCUAUGACGAGGAGGACUGUGUAGAGAUGGUGGCCUCAGGGGGCUGGAAUGAUGUGGCCUGCCACAUCACCAUGUACUUCAUGUGCGAGUUUGACAAGGAGAACUUGUGAGGGCUGGCAGGCUGUAGCUCGGGGGGACAGCCAUCUGAACCCCAUCUUUUGUAGACACUCAGCCUUCCAGACACCAGCGGCUAUAAGCUACCCCUGAGCAUCCAUCACUGUGUCUGCCAGUUUCUUUCCACAUGGAAAUUCAGAGCCUCAUUGACCAAAGGGCUGUUUGAACUAUAUGAGGGGGGGACCCUUGUUUUCCAGUGCUGUUCUGAAUAGGUGACGUUUAUCCCCUGUGUCCAAGCCAAGGCACUACCUAGAAGGAUGCGGUGAAGCUUUUGUCUGGGU